AUGUGCACAAGACUACAAAAUAACAAAAUUCAAGAUGAGAGGGUUGAAGUUCAUCAUCAUAUGCUGCCGACUGAAUACAUACAGAAAUGGAAAAAUGCAGCUGGAAUUCCCAAGGGACUUACGCUACCUUCAUGGGAUGUAGAACUGGACCUACAGUUCAUGAACCGCAACGAUAUCGACGUCUCGAUUCUAUCGUUGAGCGCUACAGGUCUUGCGUUCGCCUCAUCUGCCGAGGAAGCUACAAAACUAUGCCGAUCGGUCAAUGAGUACGCUAAGGAGAUCUCGACCAAUCACCCACGGCGAUUUGGUUUCUUUGCAUCCUUUUUCAUCCAUCCAACCUUUGGUAAAACUCGGGGCGCCCCGCCUGACCCUACUAUUCCUCGACCUAUGAUCGAUUUUCCUCACGAGAUAACCCGAACAGCAAUAAGCCUCAUCACGUCCAAGGUUGUUCAUGACUUUUCGAACUGUAAAAUCAUACUAUCUCACGGUGGCGGCACGCUCCCAUACGUGGCGACGAGAGAUGCGCACCAAACAGCUGACCUUGGACUGAAAGAUAAAACAGCCGAAGACUUCAUAAGGGAAGCAAAAUCAUUUUACUUUGAUCUUGCAUUGACGGGAUUCGAGGCACCCAUUAAACUUUUGCAAGAUUUUGCUGGUACAGAUCACAUAUUAUACGGAAGCAAUUUUCCGUUCGCUCGUGAAAGAACUAUCAGACUUCAAAUCGAAAACAUCAACAACACAACUAUGGGGGACGAAGCGCGGCAUUCGAUUGAAUGCGGCGCUGUAAGGAAACUCUUUCCGCGUUUCAGGACCGAUGGAAAUGAUGGAUGA